AGUCUUGUGAGGAAGGUUAGAAAAAAGCGAUGCUCUAAAGGUUGAAUUCACGUGUGCAUAAUCUGCGUGUUUAUGGCACAACCGCACAGCUGCUUCCUGCACAACUUCUCGACUCCUGAUUUUUGCAAACCAUCGGGAUUUUCUCGACUCUCGAGCUUCGGUAUCAACUUCACUGUUCACGAGAAGCACCACCAUGAGCUUCCUCAGCACAAUGCGAAGUCGGCUGGCGACGGUCAGUCCGCGGACACCAUAUCUGCCAUCUGCGGUGCGGGCGCUGUACGCUGCACCGUUCACCACCACCAUCCGGUCGUUGUCGUCGUCGCAACCAGCAGGAGCAAACACAAGCAGGGUGAAAUUCGUUGCCCUGGUCGAACCAAAGAUGGUGUCUCAGGACGAGUUGUCAUUGCCUGAGAUCGCGAGACCGGGCCCGGUGUCGCUCGGCGCGAUGCCGAAACUGGGGCCGUACAUUGGCCGCACAGUCACAGUCCAGCCGUCACGGAACGGGCUUCUGUUUGCGCUGCGGAAGUUGCAGAGGAUCGUGAUGAAUAAUAAGAUCAGAACGCAUUUUAUGGGCUACCAGCGAUAUGUCAAGCCGAAUCGCAUGCGCAAGAUGCGCGUGAUGCAGAAGGGCAAGCUCAAGUUCCAGGAAGAGCUCAAGUCUACGUUCUUUUUGCUCAAGAAGUACCGGGGUCGGGGAUACUAAUUGGUUUGUGGUUUGGUUUCUGGGAGGUUGCAAAUGUAUAUAGAAGCUGAAGUCUGGUUGGAAUAGUUAGUUACGAACGAAUGUAUAUACUACGCAGCUAUUAUUUCUAUUUUAGAUCAAGAAAAAACGC